UCCGUUUCAUGGGCCGUAUUAGUAUUCCUGUCCUAUGAGUGUGCAGUGUUGCUAGCCACGUCAGACAGCCAGCUACCGAGCGUCUCCUACCAAGGUUAGAUGUAUUCUCAGAAGAAGACCUUGGAAGCGAGAUCGGGAUUAUCAAUGGCAACCAUUAAUAGCUUUUGUUUCCCCGUUUGGCUAUCUCUUUACAUGUUCUGUCGAAAUUAGUGUUGUUUGCACUAGUGGCACAGGCGCCGUUUGAUGCUGUUGGGGGGAUGAUGUGAUGUUGCCGUAGAGGUGUUCGCAAAACCAAGAAACAUCAUCGCCUGCUUGCAGUGCUUCAUGGAAACUCGUAACUGCAAGAAAUGGUCGCAUCUGACUUCCUGUGAAUCCGCCUCAGAGGUAGAAGAAGCGGCGGCGCGCGAGGGGGACAUUUCAGCCGGAGUCGGUCCACUGCUGGGGUGAAGGUGACUUGCCUUGCAGUCGAAGCUAUGCGGAAAGGAGUCGCGAGCACUCAUCCGGCACUCCUGCGCGCUAAAGGUUGCCUGCGAAAUUAUCUGUUUCAGCAGUAGGAGCCACUGGGUCGCUGUCGGUGCCUCUGCCUGGCCAGAUACAGAGAACAAACGAUCUAUCAAAUAAAUUUUUAAAGAAAACGUAGUUAAACUGAAGAAGAGGGAGAAGAAAUACAUAACCAUUCCCCAACGGUUUAGGUUUUGUCAGUGGAUGUGUAUGCAUGAGUUCUGCACCGAAUGGGCGCAAGAACCGCCCCAGAUCCGCCGGGAACAUUUUUCAAAUCGGCAAGCCCCCUACAAGGGACCCCGAGCGCAGGGCGAGUACAGAGAGCAGCCGAAAAGCCCAGCGUGCCGUGGACGACUGCAGGAUGAUUGUCCAGGAGUUCAAUACACUUGUGGCCCUGUAUCGUGAGCUGGUCAUUUCUAUUGGGGAGAUAUCGGUCGAUUGCCCUUCCCUACGAGCAGAGAUGCACAAGACGCGAACCAAAGGCUGCGACAUGGCUCGAGCCGCGCAUCAGAAUCUCUCCGUAAUUUCGGGGCCGGAGGACGGUGAGAUUCACCCGGAGAUCUGCAGAAUUGAUGCUGCAGGGAAGGACUUGAACCCGGCUCUGAGGGUCGACUGCAGGGUGGACGAGAGCUCGGACAUUCCCAUCCUGGAGGACACUUCGUCCUCGCCCGUGGAAUCCCUGCAGUAUGGCUGGCUCGUUUCCACCGACAUCGAGAACACCGAAAGGGACAUGAGAGACAUGAAGAACCUUCUUAGCAAACUCAGGGAGACUAUGCCUUUACCACUGAAGAACCAAGAUGACAGCAGCCUGCUGAAUCUCACUCCCUACCCACUGGUUCGGCAGAGGAAGAGGCGUUUCUAUGGACUCUGCUGCCUGGUGUCCAGUUAAGAGCCGGCCCAAGCUCCGCCCCCAACUAUGCCCCAAACUCCGCCCCCUGCUCCUGCUGCCAGCCCUGGGGGAAACAGCACUUCGGACACUGCGUCAGUCAACAUUACCCAUAAUCCCUGACCACUGGUGUCUCCCGCCACCAUUAUGAAAAACUAAUAUCUGUCGAUACACGGUAAAAUAUCACAUUGAAAAUUUAAUUAAUAAAAAAUGACUCACUUAAUAUAAUUGGUGAUUUAGCAGAAACUCUAUCAGUUGUUGCCUACUGUGCAUGCAAAAAUGAUCUGCAUAUAUUAAGAUUUAAAAUAUUUGAGAGUGUCAUUUUAAAAUGUUUUACGGUAUGUCUGGAAUUCCAUUUAUGAAAGUGGCAAAAACUGAUAUGGCUUACUUUCAAUAUAUGCAGUACAUUGUGCACUGCACAAAAUGACAUUUAAAAAGGUGUAUUUUAACGUGUGUUAACAUGAUAUUUCUUUUUCUUGAGGGCAACCUGUUACUGCCAUUUCCGAUGUAGUUCUUUUUUUGUUGAAAAGGCUGCCCAUUUUCUAGUUUUAUUUUGUGAUAUGAAAACAAUUCUUUAAAAAAAAAACAAGAAAUAAAAGUAACAAAAUCAAUAGUCACAAACGUAUAUAUAUAUUUUACUCUAAUUUUGAUUAUCGAGAUGCUUUAUAACAAUUUUUUCCAUUUUUGUAAUCGGGGCAAAAAUUAUUGCUCGUUUUGGCUGCAGGCAAUGCAACCUGACAAAAAAAGAAAAAAACUAAAAAAGAAUGUUUUUGGUUUCUUUCCUGGUGGCUGCUGGGGAAUGACUGUGAUUGAUUGUUUUUUAAUUGUCCCAUACACUUGUCAAUUACCCAUGCACUUCAGUCCAAAUCAAUAUCCUUUAACAACACUUGGGCCCACCAGAGGACACAGAUUACCUUUGUUGUGGUACACCUGCUAUCUAUAGAUGCACACGGAAAAAAAAGCUAGGAGUGAACUCUCUUUUCAGCAGUAUUAAUCGACCAAUCAAACAGCUCGUUCGGAAGCCCUGCACUAGAUUUUUUUUUUAAGUUCCUAUUCUGAUGUUGUUUGAUUUUUUUUUUCUUCUUAUUCUUUUUUUCUGUGGUUAUAUUUAUACAUUAUUUAGUCUUCCAUGCACCGAAAAACCUGUACCCAAUUUACUUUUUCCAUUUCAAGGAAUAUACAAUAUUAUAUAAAAUAUUACAAUUCAAAAAAUGUUAGAUCGGUAUUUACAAAAAACAACACAACUUUAAGGCGUGACCAUCAGAAUUAUUUUCCGGAAGGUGGCUUUCAUUACAGUCUUGGAUGAUUGCAGUUGGUGACUUUAAAAAUCUGGACUUUUAUGACCAGAUGCGAAGUGCACAGCAUGGUUCCUGCUUAUUAAAUAUAGUAUUCAAUGUUUAGGGCAUGCUGGGUACUGUAGUUCAAGCUGACUAAAAUUAUAGACCAUUUUACAUUGUUAAUAAACUUUUUUUAUUUA